CCCUUGUUUAAAGGUUGAUAAGGGUGAGGGGUGAGAAAGAGAGGGAAAAGAAAAGCAAAUUGAAACCAAUUUGGUGAAGGGAGACUUGAAAAUGGGGGUAGGUCGCAGAGUCCCAGUCGGAGCACAGAGAAAUAUGUUGGGCGUCCCAAAGCGGCCCACCCGCAUCCUGCUCUUAGUGAAGGACCCGUGGGAAAAUUUUUUAAUGUUCAGGAUCAAGAGAAGCACUCAACUGAAGAAGCUUAUGAUUGUCUACUGUGAUAAGAAGUCGGUAGAGUUGGACAAUAUGAGAUUCGUGCACAAUGGUCGUCUUGUUAGACCCAACCUGACCCCAGAUGAGCAUGAAAUGGAAAGUGGGGAUGUAAUUUAUGCAUUUCCGGUCCUAUUAGGAUGACGAGGAGGAGUCUGAUGAAGUGAAGGGUACUUGUGGUAGCAAUUGUAAGCUAUUUGUUUUUGGUUCAUAGUGUACGAUCUGUUGUUAAGGCUUGAGACCCAAUGAAACAGUUGUAUGUUUUUGUCAUGAAUUUUCAAAUUGGAAUGAAAAACCAAUCAGUUUAUUUGUGCCAAAUGCCAAAUAUAUUUGGCUGAA